UUUUCUUUUUUCUUUUUUUUUUUAACUUUUAAUUCUACAUAUGUAGAGAGAGAAAGGCACUUCUCUGAAAAUGUCCAUGUCUUUCACUUGUCUUGCCACAUUGUCUUAAACAAACACCAACCCACAUGAGUUAUGUAGAUUUAUCAUCAGUUACAGUGGGGUUUCUGACUUUUGAGUCAAUUGGGUCUUUGUGCGCUCAUGGGUCCUGUGAGAGGAUAUAAAAAGAGGAGGAAGAUAGAGAAGAGGGAGGAGUCUUCAGAGGAGGGGUCUGUAGAUUGGUGGGAUGAGUUUUCCAAGAGGAUUGCUGGUCUUCUAUCUUCAUCAAAGGGUUUGGAUAAAUUUGAAUCUGUUUUCAAAAUUUCCCGAAAGACCUUCAACUACAUAUGUGCUCUUGUCAAAGAAGAUAUGAUGGCCAAGCCAGGGAACUUCAUCUUUACAAACGGCAGGCCCAUGUGUUUAAAUGAUCAAGUAGCUGUAGCGUUAAGAAGGCUUAGCUCAGGUGACUCCCUUUUGACAAUUGGUGAUGCAUUUGGUCUGAACCAUUCAACUGUAUCCCAAGUAACCUGGCGUUUUGUGGAGAUAAUGGAAGAAAGGGCACUCCACCAUCUCCAAUGGCCUUCCACAGAACCAGAAAUCACAGAAAUAACAUCCAAGUUUGAGAAAAUCCGAGGCCUCCCAAAUUGUUGUGGAGCAAUUGAUACCACGCACAUCAUGAUGUGUUUGCCUUCUGCAGACUCUGCAAACAGUGUGUGGCUUGAUAGUGAGAAUCAUCACAGCAUGAUCUUGCAGGCAAUUGUGGACCCAGAGAUGAGGUUUCGAGACAUAGUUACUGGAUGGCCAGGCAAAAUGAAGGACUCUUCAGUGCUCCAGAGUUCAAAUUUCUUCAAGCUGUGUGAGAAAGGACAGAGGUUAAACGGCAAAAAGAUAGAGCUAGCAGAAGGUUCAGAGAUAAGUGAAUACAUAGUUGGGGAUUCAGGGUAUCCUCUGCUGCCUUGGCUUGUAACUCCUUAUCAAGGGAAAGAGCUCUCAGAAUCCAAAGCUGAAUUCAAUAGGCGGCAUUUCGCAACUAGGAUGGUGGCACAGCGAGCACUGGCACGGCUGAAGGAGAUGUGGAAGGUGAUCCAAGGAGUGAUGUGGAGGCCUGACAAGAACAGGUUGCCCAGGAUUAUUCUGGUUUGCUGCUUGCUUCAUAACAUUGUGAUCGAUUUGGAGGAUGAGGUGCAGGACGAGAUGCCUUUGUCCCACCACCAUGACUUGGGUUACCGCCAACAGAUAUGCGAAUCAGCCGACAACAAUGCUUCAAUUGUCAGAGAUAAACUCUCUCUCUAUUUGUCUGGAAGAUUGCCUCCUUGAGUUAAAACUUUUUCUUUCUUUUUGUUUGCUUCCAAUGCUUGAUUCGGGUAAUUGAGGUUGUUGGUUUUUAUUUGUCAUUUGCAAGAGCUUGUCAUAGAUGAUGAACUCAGAUUUUCAUUUCCAUUUCUAGACUGUAAUUGAUUUAGAUUGGAUAGUUAUAAGGCAAUGGCCAGAACAACAAUGCCAGAUACUUUUAUACUAAAACAAACAUUUGAAGACUUGCUUUGUAAUUGCUAGAUAAAUUUACUUAGACCCUUGUAGUUGUACU